AAGCACGCUUCUCCUCACGCCUUCCUUUGCGCAGCCAUCGACGAGGCGUCUCGGCACUCCUGCCCCAAUGCACACGUCGUCUGACCCCGUCGGGCCGGGGCAAGCUCCACAAGCGCCCCAGUGAAGCUCGGACGUGACGCUGAUCUCCCCCGGAUUCCUUAUACAUGUACCAUCCUUGCCUCCACCGCCUGCCCCGCCGUGCGCCAUCGUUCGCUCGACCGCGCCUGCAAUACGCUCCUUUGCGGUUAAUUUGACUAGCUUCACUCCUUGCAUGCUUAUGAAAACCAUGUCUCGCCCCGCGCGCUACGACUUCAAGACGUACCCCGUUGCGCAUCCCUCUGCGAUUGUUGCCGGCGACAAGUACCGCUUUACCGUCCUCACCGACGGCCUCCUCCGCUUCGAAUGGGCCGCUGACGGCCACUUUGAGGACCGCGCGUCUACCUUCGCUGUCAACCGCAAGCUCGCCGUCCCGGAUUUCUACGUCUGGGACCGCGGCGAUGUCCUCGAGAUCGUGACGAAGCGGUUCCACGUCGUGUACAACAAGAAGGCGUUCAGCGCGGGGGGAUUUGUCAUACACCUGAAGGGCGCGAUCACUGCGAAGUGGACGUACGGGCAGGAGGUUUCGAAUCUGGGAGGCACGACCAGGACGCUGGACCAGGCGAAUGGGCGCGUGCAUCUGGGGCCUGGUGUGCUGAGUCGGGAGGGCUUUGCGGUGUUGGACGAUAGCAAGACGAUGCUGUUUGAGAGCGAUGGAUGGAUUGCGCCGCGCAGAUCGGGGGAGAAGAAGGAUCGGAGCGACGAGUACAUCUUCCUGUAUGGGCACGAUUACCGCGAGGCGAUACGCGCGUAUUUCGCUGUGAGUGGGAGUCAGCCGCUGCUGCCGAGGUUCGCGAUGGGCAACUGGUGGUCAAGGUACCAUCGCUAUGAUGAGAAGGAAUACCUGCAGCUGCAUGAUCAUUUGAACAAGGAUGAUGUGCCGAUCAAUGUGGCAGUUGUGGAUAUGGAUUGGCACCUGGUCAUCGCUGGGAAGGAAAUUCCACCAGGCGAGAACGGGUGGACUGGAUAUACGUGGAAUAAAGAGUUAUUUCCUGACCCGGAUGCGUUCGUCAAGAAGCUGCACGAGCGUGGCAUGAAAGUGUCGCUCAAUGUACACCCUGCGGAUGGUAUUCGCCACUGGGAGGACCAGUACAAGGAGGUUGCAAAAGCCAUGGGCAUCGACCCGAAAUCGAAAGAGCCGGUACGGUUCGAUUGCACGGACAAGAAGUUUAUAGACGCAUACUUUGAUAUCGUGCACCAUCAGCAUGAAGCUAGGGGGAUCGACUUCUGGUGGAUCGACUGGCAGCAAGGCGAGGGCUCAAAGAUACCUGGUGUUGAUCCAUUAUGGGUACUGAACCAUUUCCAUUUCCUGGACAUCGGCCGCGGAAACGAGCGCCCGUUGAUUUUCUCCCGGUUCGGUGGUCCUGGCGCUCAGCGGUACCAAGUUGGCUUCUCAGGCGAUGCAAUCAUCACAUGGGACUCGCUGCACUUCCAGCCCGAGUUUACAGCAACUGCAUCGAAUAUCGGGUACGGUUGGUGGUCUCACGACAUUGGCGGACACACCGCAGGCAUCCACAGCGAUGAAUUGACAACGAGAUGGGUGCAGCUAGGCUGCUGGUCGCCCAUCUUGCGCCUGCACUCCGACGUCAACCCCUUCAACAGCCGAGAGCCGUGGAGAUAUAACGACGAAGCGUGCAAGAUCAUGGAAGACACGCUGCGUCUCCGACAUCGUCUCAUCCCGUACCUGUAUACCAUGAAUGCCCGCUCAGCUAUAAAUGAUGAACCCUUGGUCACACCGUUAUACUGGGACUAUCCAGAGGUGGACGAAGCCUACGAGGUGCCGAACGAAUAUCAUUUCGGCAGCGAGCUGCUCCUCGCACCCAUCACGCAGCCAAGAGACAACACCACCCACCUCGGGUCCGCUAAGGCGUGGCUACCACCGAAGCGCUACGCAGACAUUUUCACUGGUGUAGUUUACUACGGCGACCGCAGCCUCACCCUCCACCGUCCGCUCACUCAAACCCCCGUCCUCGCACCCGAAGGCUCCAUCAUCCCGCUCGACGCAGCCUGGCGUCCCAAGAGCGGCAGCCCCAACCCGGAAGCCAUCGAGCUCCUCCUUGUCGUCGGCGCAGACGGCUCCUUCGACCUCAUCGAAGACGACGGGAAGGGUACCACUGUUGACGACGGCGACUUCCAGCUUGUGUCGUCAGCCACGUCAUCUGCGUCUGACGAUGACAACGGCAUGGACACCGACACCAAACCCAACGAAACCGUACGCUUUGUCCACACACCCAUCACAUACAAGCAAGACACGGGUGUCCUCAAGAUCGGGCCCGUGUACCCCGCGGACGACCCCGCGGUCCCGAAGUCCCGGCAGUGGAAGAUUCGCCUUGUCGCGCACACCCCGGCCAGCUCGUCGACCGAAGGCGCAGGCAUCCGCUGCAUCACGACGUCCGCCAAGCGCGCGAAGAGCGUCGCGUACACCGCUACCUCCGAUGCCACGGGCACUAAGCUACAUCUCGCAUCCGUGCCCACCUCCCAAGCUAUCAUCCUUGAGCUCGCAAGUCCCGGCCCGCAGCUCGAUGUCGUCGACCCCUUGCCGAUUAUCUGGAAUAUCCUCGACCAGGCGAGCAUGGAGUUGAACACGAAGCGCUGGAUUUGGGAUAGCGUGUUUGCGAAUCCUGGAAAGGUCGAGGUCAUGGUGAAUAAGCUGCAGACGAUGGGGUUGGAGAAUGCGCUGGUGAAUGCGUUCGUCGAGUUGUUGUGUGCGGAUGAUCGGUAUGCGGAGACGGGGAGGGGUGGCGGCAAGGGUGUGGGCGUGGGCGAGGAGG